GCAAAAUAGUAGCAUUACUAGCUAAGACAGCUUGUUUGAGAGACAAAGACAAAAAAAUGGAAGCGGCGGUGAACAACCACGAUGGAGAUUGCUGUAAGAGUGGGCCGGGUUAUGCGACACCCCUCCUCGCGAUGUCUGGUCCGCGAGAGAAUCUCAUCUAUGUCGCUGCCAUAUACACCGGAACCGGGCAAGCGAAGCCAGAUUACUUAGCAACUGUGGAUGUGGAGCCGAGUUCAUCGACAUACUCUAGUGUCAUCCACAGAUUACCAAUGCCUUAUCUUGGAGAUGAACUUCAUCAUUCAGGCUGGAACUCAUGUAGCUCUUGCUAUGGUGAUUCUUCUUGCGAGAGACGUUAUCUCAUCUUGCCUUCUCUUCUGUCUGGUCGCAUCUACUUUAUCGACACGAAAACAAACCCGAGGGAACCAUUUCUGCACAAAUUCGUGGACCCUGCUGAGAUUUCAGAGAAGACUGGAUUGGCUUAUCCGCAUCAGCCUCAUUGCUUAGCUUCUGGAGACGUUCUUGUGUCUUGUCUUGGGGACGAAGAUGGAAACGCAGAAGGCAGUGGGUUUCUUUUACUUGAUUCCGAGUUUAAUAUCAAAGGAAGGUGGGAGAAGGAUGGAAACAGUCCUUUGUAUGGGUAUGACUUCUGGUACCAACCUCGGCACAAGACAAUGAUCAGUACCUCUUGGGGAGCACCAGCAGCGUUUACCAAAGGAUUUGACCUCAAAGACGUCUCUGAUGGCUUGUAUGGAAAACAUCUACAUGUCUAUAGUUGGCCCGAAGGAGAAUUGAAACAGAUACUUGACCUUGGUGACACCGGACUUUUACCCUUAGAGGUAAGAUUCUUGCACGACCCGGAUAAAGCUACGGGAUUUGCGGGGUGUGCGUUGUCGAGUACUAUGGUAAGAUUUUUCAAGAACGAUGAUGAAACAUGGAGCCAUGAGGUGGCUAUAUCAGUGGAACCUUUGAAAGUUGAAAACUGGAUUCUCCCAGAAAUGCCAGGGCUUAUCACCGACUUUCUAAUCUCACUUGACGACCGAUUCCUCUAUUGUUCCAACUGGCUUCAUGGAGAUAUUCGUCAGUACAACAUCGAGGACCCGAAAACCCCUGUUUUAACCGGUCAACUACACGUUGGCGGGCUAGUCCAAAAGGGAAGCCAUGUCUUAGCCGUAGGAGAAGAAGGAAAGACAUUUCAGUUCGAUGUCCCUAAGAUCAAGGGUCAGCGUCUAAGAGGAGGUCCUCAGAUGUUUCAGCUGAGCCUAGACGGGAAGCGAUUGUACGUGACAAACUCGCUUUUUAGCGUUUGGGACAGACAGUUUUACCCAGAACUUGUGGAGAAAGGUUCACACAUGUUGCAGAUAGAUGUUGAUACAGAUAAAGGUGGUCUCUCCAUAAACCCUAACUUCUUCGUCGACUUUGGGACCGAACCGGAUGGUCCUUCACUCGCUCAUGAGAUGAGAUAUCCGGGCGGCGACUGCACCUCGGAUAUCUGGGUUUAGUUUUUUCAUUAAUGAAAAGAAUUUCUAUGGAAAUGGAACAAAAUUCAUUCAAAUAAUGGGUUAUGUCUUAUGUGUGAGUGUGAUCAAUCUAUAAAAUGUUGAUUACUUGAGAUGCUUAAUACACUUGUGAGUGCUCA